AGAAAGUGUUCAGUACCUCUUUUGUGCCCAUUCUCCAUGCAUUGGUGGUGGAGUACACUUUCCAUAGGCACUGACUGACAGGGAAGAGAAAAAAAAUCCCCACGGAUAACAUUUAUUCAGGUGGACACAUAAAAGUGGUACACUUGAAGGGAAACUAUGCUCCUCCAAGAUAAAGCAAGAUUGAGACAAUUAUUUUUUUAAUGCAACUAAGAAGUAAAAGUUGUCCUCAUGGACAACAAGUUAAACAUGGGCCAACAAUGUGAUGGGGCUGCAAAAACCAAAACAAAAACCAAUGGGAUUUUGGCCUGCAUAAAUAGGAGUAUAGUGUCUAGAUCCAGGGAAGUCAUGCUACCCCUCUAUUCUGCUUUGGUCAGACCACACCUGGAGUCACACUGUGUCCAAUUCUGGGCACCGCAAUUGAAGGGAGAUGUUGACAAGCCGGAAUGUGUCCAGAGGAAGGUGACUAAAAUGAUUAAGGGUCUGGAGAUCAAGCCCUAUGAGGAGUGGCUUAAAGAGCUGGGCAUGUUUAGCCUGCAGAAGAGAAGGCUGGGAGAAGACAUGAUAGCCAUGUAUAAAUAUGUGAGGGGAAGUCAUAGGGAGGAGGGAGCAAGCUUGUUUUCUGCUGCCCUGGAGACUAGGACACGGAACAAUGGCUUCAAACUACAGGAAAGGAGAUUCCACCUGAACAUUAGGAAGAAUUUUCUAAGCAGUUUAGCACUGGAACUCUCUGCCCCGGAGUGGUGGAGGCUCCUUUUUUGGGAGCUUUUAAGCAGCGGCUGGAUGGUCAUCUGUUGGGGGUGCUUUGAAUGCGAUUUUCCUGCUUCUUGGCAGAGGGUAGGACUGGAUGGCCCAUGAGGUCUUCUCCAACUCUAUGAUUCUAUUAUUCUAUAUGGGGUAAUAAGAAUACUAAAAUGAAGUUGCAACAGUAACCAACUAUUUUGGACAUUGGAAUAACCUGUUCCACUACUUACUUUUACGAGGUCAAAUUCCAGGCUAGAGGUAAAAGUGGAAAGAGGAACCUACAAUUAAGAAAGAUCCCUCUCUGUUCUCUCUCUUCAACAUAUCAACAGGACAUUCUCUAUCAUUAGUCAAAUUCCUAGUCAGAUAAUCUACAUGAUGUAUCUUUGAGGGCAUGGUAUAUAGAUCUUUGUCUUCAUUUUUUCUGAGCAGCAGUUAAAACAUUGAGAGUGCAGACACGUUGGCUCAAAGACAUAGCAGUCAGUCUUGACUAUACCAGACAAAUCUGAUAAUGUGGUUCCACGCUUUUGCUAUCUUCUGGGAGACAAUAUCUCUGCAGGUUAUUCUUGGAUUCCUUGCUACAUUUCUUCUCCUUACUGACUAUGUAAAACGGAGACGACCAAGGGGUUUCCCCCCAGGUCCCAUACCUCUUCCUUUUCUGGGCAAUCUGCUUAGUUAUGAUGCCAAGAAGCCUCAUCUCUAUAACCAAAAGCUUGUUGCAAUUUAUGGCAAUGUCUUCAGUUUGCAGCUUGGAAACAUACAUAUUGUAUUUCUGAAUGGACUGCAGGCAGUGAAGGAAGCUCUAAUUAACCAGGGUGAAAGCUUUCUAGAUCGGCCAAAAGUCCCUAUUACCUAUGACGUUUCAAAGACAUUUGGAGUGAUUACGUCUAAUGGACAGACCUGGAAACAACAAAGACGUUUUGUUAUGUCAACGCUAAGGAACUUUGGACUGGGCAAAACAUAUUUGGAGGAACGAAUACAAGAAGAGAGCAGGUUCCUUGUGGCUGCCAUUGAAGAUGAGAAAGGGCAGCCAUUUGACCCCUACCAUCAAAUUAACAAUGCUGUUUCAAAUGUAAUUUGUUCUGUCACUUUUGGGAACCGCUUUGAUUACCACGACAGUGAUUUCCAGAAGUUGUUGCAUUUGCUUGAUGAAACAGGAGUUUUCCUGAGAAACAUUUGGAGCCAUCUGUACAAUGCUUUUCCAUCUCUCAUGAGGCGAUUGCCAGGACCUCAUCAAACCUAUUUUAAAAACUGGGAACAAUUGAAAUCCUUUGUGAGAAAAAUAAUUGAAAAGCACAAAGAAGACUGGAAUCCACUUAAAACAAAAGAUUUCAUUGAUGCUUAUCUAAAUGAAAUGGCAAAGGAGAAUGCUUCUUCCACUUUUCACAUGGAAAAUCUCCUGCAGUCAACACUAGAUUUGUUUGUUGCUGGAACAGAAACGACAUCUGCAACUUUGCACUGGGCUGUGCUGUACAUGGCUGUUUAUCCGGAAAUUCAGGCAAAGGUUCAGGCAGAAAUAGACUCUGUGAUUGGCCAGUCUCACCUCCCAGCAAUGGCCGAUCGGGAUAAUAUGCCUUACACUAACGCAGUUAUUCAUGAAAUUCAAAGAAGAAGUAGUAUUGUCGUUGUAAAUGCUCCUCGACUGACAGCUAAUGACACACGGGUAGCUGGAUUUCAUCUGCCCAAAGGAACCAUCGUGUUUGCCGACCUGACAUCAAUCUUGUUUGACAAAAAUGAAUGGGAGACCCCAAAUGUAUUUAACCCCAACCAUUUCCUGAAGAAUGGUCAAUUCAUGAAGAGGGAAGCUUUCGUACCAUUUUCUACAGGAAAGAGAGCCUGUCCUGGAGAGCAGAUGGCUAAAAUGGAACUUUUCCUUGUCUUCACUACCCUACUUCAGAAGUUCACUUUCCAGGCUCCAAAGGGUGUGAAGCUAAGCCUUGACUCCAAGACAGGGCAUGUACUGAAACCAAAGCCAUACCAAAUAUGUGCCAUCUCUCGUUAAAGCAAAACAACUAUGCUAUUUUAGGUAACCCAAUUUAUUUGUUGCAUUGCUUCCAUUAGUUGUCCUGGUGUUAUUGAGCCAUAACCCCCCCCCCCCCCCGGCAAAAGAUUUCUAAUUCACCAAUGAUUCAGAAAUAAACAUAUAGCUUUCUUUUUUUAAAAAAAGACCCUUUCCAGACUUGUGCAAGUGCAAAGCACCAGAAGAUCAAGACCAAGACAGCAGCAGCAGUAGCUGUAAACCCCUAAAAGUUAUCAUAUCCAAUCCUUUAAUAAAUUGUAUCUGUUUUUCAUGAA